CUGACAUGCCAAGCACUUCUGGACUUUUGUCAACGAUGCGGGGGAUCUUGCGGCUGGGGCGGACCCCAGAUUGGCAUCUUCAGAGCCCACCAGGCUGGACUUCCGCGGGAUUUCUGGGUGCGGACUGGGUCAUCUCCAGAAGAGGUUUCAGAUGGAUUUUAAAAUUGGACACACUUGGGAUGGCUUUCCGGUGCAGCACGAGCCAGUGCGGGUCAGGCUGCAUCCAGGUGACGAGGGCGUGAUGAUGUGCGUUAGCGCUCCAUUUUUCAAUGAUCCUCCUGCCCCACCUGGAGAACCAGGACAGCCUUUCAAUGAGCUGUGGGAUUACGAAGUUGUGGAAGCAUUUUUCCUGAAUGAUGUAACCGAGCAGUAUUUAGAAGUUGAACUUUGUCCCCAUGGACAGCAUUUAGUGCUUUUACUCUCUGGAAGAAGAAAGGUGUGGAAACAAGAACUUGCUUUAUCGUUCCAAGUGUCCAGAGGAGAGACAAAAUGGGAAGGUGAAGCUUACCUUCCCUGGAGUUAUUUUCCACCAAAUGUGACAAAAUUCAAUGCCUUUGCGAUCCAUGGAUCAAAAGAGAAACGAAGUUAUGAAGCUCUUUAUCCUGUACCUCAGCAUGAAUUGCAACAAGGACAGAAACCUGAUUUCCAUCGUCUAGAAUACUUCAAGCCCUUCAGUUUCAACACCGUGCUUGGAGAAGAGUGGAGACAGCCGGAACCAGACCUGUGGCCCACAGAGAGACCCGCUAUCUAGGGUGAGGCGAGAUGUCGUUUCAGUCAUUUUUCUGUCUUUUAGGGUAAACCAGUAGCAAGUAGCUAUCUUUAUAAAAACACCUCGAGUCCAUUUCAACAACAAAUAUUUUAUAGUGAUCGAUGGAAAUACAAUGUCUGUGGCAAAUUUAUAUGCAUAUAAGAAAAUAGAAAGUCUGUAGAUGAUUUCACCAAUAAAGCUGAACCAUCUCUCUAAAUCCCUGAGUCCAUGGGGUCAGUGGGUUCCACCUUUGGCAGAGGCCAUGACAAUCCAGGACUCGGCAUGGGAACCGGAUGAAGAUACCCUUCUGGAAGGCAAAGCCCCAGAGGGGAUCCGUGUGUGUGACAAAGCCCCAUGGAAAGUCUUGAGGAAAGUUCUACGUAAAUGUCCUGUGACUCAUGGUCGCCUGUUUGUUCCCAUUAUAUUGUUAUGCUUAUGCCUUACAGGAAUAAUAUGCUUAAAUCUCCCCUUGGGAAAGAACACUGUGACUAAAGUUAAGGAUUACAGCAUCUAUAAUGUCAAUAAUAAAGCAGUUAAUGUUUUACCAUUGCCCAUGCCUCAGGAAAGGCAAAUAGCAACCCAACGGGUCACAACCAAUUACUCCAAAACCUACUGUGACAAAGUGUACUUUUAACUGUUCUACUUUAUGUUAAAACUAUGGUACCGAGAAAUGACGGAAACUGAGGUACAAACUAAAGCAAACACAGUUAAGCCAUACAAACAACACCAGAGUAGCCACAAGUUUAAAGCUUUGAAACAAUAUCACAAACCCUUGCCAACUGUUAGAGCAGGCCCCCAUAUAGGCUAUAAUAUGAAUGGUAGAAGUUGGUGGGCACCUAGAGGAAAGAGUAGUAUGCAAAACUUAGAAUUACUUGACCCUCCACUACCUUAUACAAGUGCAUAUGAUGAUGAGAUGGUUAAAAAAGUCUGGAUAGAUGAAAGGCAUGUUAAGUAGAAAAACUUAUCUUUAUAGGAAAAAAUAAAACGCAGUGGGCCCCCUUGGUGCCUGCUUUCUAAAACCCAAAGGUCAGCACUUAGUAAAAAGUGAAAUGAUUGGUAUAUAUAAAUAAAAUAUAGACACUGCCUCAUCACAGACAGCGACCUUUAAAUUAAAACUACAUAAAGGUUAUAUGCCUAACACCUUUAUAUCUAUAUAGACUAUUUACCUUUAUAAAGCAUAAGUUUUACUUUCCACUUGCUAACCUUUUGACUAAUAUUAACCUUGCCGUUUUAAUAAGUUACCACUUCCAAGAACAGCUAGCUUCUUACAUGCAGUCAUUAUUAAACCAUAUAAUUAUGUAAAAAUCAUAAGAUUUGUGAAAUCAUUAGUACGUCAUACAAUCGUUUCGAUAUGUUUUGAUUGUUAAUUACUCCCUUAACUGUUAACUUUCUGCUAAGUGUGUGCCAAAAAUUAUGAUAUAAAUAAAUCAGCACUGCUGUGCUUCAGUGCCAGAGUGCCUGAAAAGAAA